AUGGCUGACGACGACGAAAUCGGCCGGACAGAGAAAGUGAUCCGCAUCCAGAGGGUGUUUAUAAACCUGCUGGACUCCUACAGCAGCGGAAACAUCGGGAAGUUUCUGUCGAACUGUGUGGUCGGGGCUUCGCUGGAAGAAAUGACAGAGGAAGAAGAGGAGGAGGAUGAGAGUAAGUCAGCCCUGCCCGAUGCCUCCUCAUCCAAACUGAAGGAGGGCACGUUCCAGAUCGUGGGCACGCUCUCCACAUCCAGAAAACCCUCGCCCGACUUUGCCCUGGAGACGUACACCGACAUUUCUCGGGAAGAGCUCCUCAUGCGCCUGAUGGAGUGCGACGUCAUCAUUUACAACAUCACCGAGGACCCGAAGCAGGCGGAGGAGGCCCUCUGGGCAGUGUCCGCCCUGAACGAGGAAGUCAACCACUUUGAGAAGCGAAAGGUGUUCAUUUUAGUUUCCACGGUGAUGACCUGGGCGCGAUCCAAGCCCCUGGACCCUGAAGACACUGAGAUUCCAUUCACUGAAGAGGAUUACCGAAGAAGAAAGCACCAUCCUAAUUUUCUGGAUCAUAUAAAUGCUGAAAAAAUGGUUCUCAAAUUUGGAAAAAAUAUCAAAAAAUUCGCGACUUACGUAAUUGCUUCCGGACUUCAGUAUGGACUGGAAGGAGGCAUCUUACAUUUCUUUUUCAAGAUGGCUUGGUUGGGCGAGGUCCCUGCAUUGCCCGUGUUUGGAGAUGGAACCAAUAUAAUCCCAGCAAUUCACGUGCUUGAUCUAGCCGGCGUGAUCCAGAACGUGAUAGACCACGUGCCCAAGGUCCGGUACCUGGUCGCCGUGGAUGACUCCGUCCAGACCCUGGAGGAUUUAGUCAAGUGCAUCAGCAGGAACACCGGCCCCGGGAAAACCCAGAAAGUGCUCAGAGAAAACGCUUUCCUCACCAAGGACCUGCCGCAAGACAGCAUCGACCACCUGCUGGUCAACCUGCGCAUGGAGGCGCUCUUUGUGAAGGAGAACUUCAACAUCCGCUGGGUGUCCCAGGCCGGGCUGGUGGAGAACAUCGGCAGCGUGCUGCGCGAGUACAAGCAGAGCCGCGGGCUGCUGCCCAUCAAGGUGUGCAUCCUCGGCCCCCCCGGCGUGGGCAAGUCCAGCGUUUCGGAAGUGCUGGCCAGGUACUACAAGAUCCACCACAUCAAGCUCAAGGACGUCAUCUCCGAAGCCAUCGCGAAGCUGGAGACCAUCGUGGCCCCCAAGUACGGAACGGAAGGAGGGGAAGAAGAGGAGGAGGAAGAAGAGGAGGAGGAGGAGAACGUGGAGGACGCACAGGAGCUGCUGGACGGCAUCAAGGAGAGCAUGGAGCAGAACGCAGGCCGACUGGAAGAUCAAUACGUAAUCCGGUUUGUAAAAGAGAAGCUGAGGUCCAUGCCUUGCAGGAACCAGGGCUACAUCCUGGAUGGGUUCCCAAAGACCUACGACCAAGCCAAAGACCUGUUCAGCAAAGAUGAGGAAGAGGAGGAGGAGGAAAUCAGAGGCAAAAUGCUUCCCUUUGAUAAACUAACCAUACCCGAGUUCGUCUGCUCGCUGGACGGCUCGGACGAGUUCCUGAAGCUGCGGGUGAUGAACCUGCCGGAGAGCGUGGUGGCGGGCACGCACUACAGCCAGGACCAGUUCCUGCGCUCCCUCAGCAACUUCCGCGACCUCAACACCGAGGACGAGACCGUCUUCAACUACUUUGACGAGCUGGAGAUCCACCCCAUUCACAUCGAUGUAGGGAAGCUUGAAGACGCUCACAACAGGCUCACCAUCAAGCGGCUCAUCAAGGAGAUCGGGGACCCUCGGAACUACGGCCUGUCGGAGGAGGAGAAGGCCGAGGAGGAGCGCAAGAUGGCCGAGGAGCGCCUGGCCAGGGAGGCCAUGAUGGAGGCCGAACGGGAGCAGAAGGAGGCCAUGGAGACGGCGGAGAAGAUUGCUCGCUGGGAGGAGUGGAAUCGACGGCUGGAAGAAGUGAAAAGGGAAGAAACUGAAUUGCUCGAGGCCCAGUCUGCUCCCCUGAGAAACUACUUAAUGACCUACGUUAUGCCGACGCUCAUGCAGGGUCUGAACGAGUGCUGUAAGGUCAGGCCAGAGGACCCUGUGGAUUUUCUGGCAGAGUAUCUCUUCAAGCACAAUCCCGCAACGCUGUAA